GUUGCAAGUGCGCGUGCGCGCCGAGUACCUCCUGCCUGGCCUCGGGUGGACGCCUGCUGUGCGUUUCUUCCUCCUGUGCAGCGCCGCCUUCUGAAGGGAACGUGGUUUUGGGCCCAGGGUUAGUCAUAGAAAUGGAGUAAAUAAUUAGAACGGGCUACUCCUCCUUGACACCUAUACUAUUCACUGGCUUGUUUAGUCAGCACACCCCACCUUCCUAAAAGAAUCCGGAAGUCAUCCGAGUCUGCUAUCUGAUCUUCCUCUCUGUACCAGUGAAUUUGAACUGUGGCUGUGCUCUGGACUCGGCACUCAAACACAACAAAUUGACCUCUGGUUGUAGAGAUGUCCUGAAGGUGCUGAAGCACAAACACAGAAUUCACAGAGUAGAAAAAAUGGUUGCACCAUAUACAAGGAUUUGGGAUGCCAGUUACAGUUGAUGGAAAUUUCAUCUCAAUCAAUGAAAUCAUUUCCCUGUUCUGGUUAAAUGGGAAGAGAAACUUUAUAAGUUGUUAUCCAGAUUCCCAACUAUACAACAAGCUGAAACUGGAAGAUGAAAGUGGACUUAAAAGCAUCAAACCAAGCUCCCAGCCCCCGAUACAGGCUGGAGAUGAGGAGAAGAACCAGAGGACCAUCACUGUCAACCCUGCCCACAUGGGGAAGGCGUUCAAGGUUAUGAAUGAACUGCGGAGUAAGCAGCUGUUGUGUGACGUGAUGAUUGUGGCGGAAGAUGUCGAGAUAGAAGCCCACCGUGUGGUCCUGGCAGCGUGCAGUCCCUACUUCUGUGCAAUGUUCACAGGUGACAUGUCUGAGAGUAAAGCCAAGAAGAUUGAAAUCAAAGAUGUCGAUGGGCAGACACUCAGUAAGCUGAUUGACUACAUCUACACUGCCGAAAUUGAGGUGACCGAGGAGAAUGUCCAGGUGCUACUCCCAGCAGCCAGCUUGCUGCAGCUCAUGGAUGUUCGACAGAACUGCUGUGACUUCCUGCAGUCUCAGUUGCAUCCCACCAACUGCCUGGGCAUCCGUGCAUUUGCAGAUGUGCACACUUGCACCGACCUUCUGCAGCAGGCAAACGCGUAUGCAGAGCAGCACUUUCCAGAAGUGAUGCUGGGGGAAGAAUUUCUUAGCCUAAGUCUGGACCAGGUAUGCAGCUUGAUAUCCAGUGACAAGCUGACCGUUUCUUCAGAAGAGAAGGUAUUUGAAGCUGUGAUUUCAUGGAUCAAUUAUGAGAAAGAAACCCGAUUAGAGCACAUGGCAAAGCUGAUGGAGCAUGUCCGUCUCCCUCUCUUACCUAGGGAUUACCUAGUCCAGACAGUUGAAGAAGAAGCUUUGAUAAAGAAUAACAACACCUGUAAAGACUUCCUCAUCGAGGCCAUGAAAUACCAUCUGCUCCCUCUGGAUCAGAGGCUCUUGAUUAAGAACCCAAGGACCAAGCCCAGAACUCCAGUAAGCCUGCCCAAGGUCAUGAUCGUGGUCGGUGGGCAGGCUCCCAAGGCGAUCCGCAGCGUUGAGUGCUAUGAUUUCGAGGAGGACCGGUGGGACCAGAUUGCUGAGCUUCCCUCCAGGAGAUGCAGAGCAGGCGUGGUGUUCAUGGCUGGCCACGUGUAUGCCGUGGGCGGGUUUAACGGCUCUCUGCGAGUGCGGACUGUGGAUGUGUACGACGGUGUGAAGGACCAGUGGACGUCCAUUGCCAGCAUGCAGGAGCGCAGGAGCACACUGGGUGCAGCCGUCCUCAAUGACCUGCUCUACGCCGUGGGGGGAUUUGAUGGCAGCACUGGCCUAGCGUCGGUGGAAGCCUACAGCUACAAGACCAACGAGUGGUUCUUUGUGGCCCCGAUGAACACACGGCGGAGCAGUGUGGGUGUGGGCGUCGUGGAGGGGAAGCUAUAUGCUGUUGGGGGUUAUGAUGGGGCUUCCCGCCAGUGCCUGAGCACCGUGGAGCAGUACAACCCAGCAACCAACGAGUGGACAUAUGUGGCGGAUAUGAGCACUCGUCGCAGUGGCGCAGGGGUUGGGGUUCUCAGCGGACAGCUGUAUGCCACUGGUGGACAUGAUGGGCCCUUGGUGAGGAAGAGCGUUGAGGUUUACGAUCCUGGAACAAACACUUGGAAGCAGGUGGCAGACAUGAACAUGUGCCGACGCAAUGCAGGGGUCUGUGCUGUGAAUGGGCUGCUGUAUGUGGUUGGAGGGGAUGAUGGGUCCUGCAACCUGGCUUCAGUCGAGUACUACAAUCCUGUCACGGACAAAUGGACGCUGCUGCCAACCAACAUGAGCACAGGGCGGAGCUAUGCAGGUGUUGCUGUGAUUCACAAGCCCUUGUGACCCCAACUCUCACUGCCAGGAGGUGGAGGAAAGGAGGUGCUGUCUGUGACUCAGAACAGCACGACCCUGAGGCUGGAUGCCCCUUGCUGCAAGAGCGGGCAGUGUGCACCAGAGCGAGAAGCACCCUCCUCCAACUUGGCAGAGUGGCGACUGGCUUGCAGACCGGUGCCCACCUCUUGUUCCCCCAAGGUGUUUUGGCCUCUGCCCUGAGCAAUGCAUUCAUCAUAGCUCUGGCCAGCAUCUUUGGGAUUUUUGUGUGUUUCUACAGGAACAACAGAUAACCUGAACUGUGUGUGUGUGUGUGUGUGUGUGUGUGUGUGUGUGUGUGUGUCAUAAUGUUUCACUGAGUUGGGGUGUGUGUGUGUGUGACAGUUCUAUUGGAUUUCCUUACUACUGAUCCUUCUGCUAUGCUAAAAAUCAAAUCACAGAAAUCUCUCUGGAUUUGCCCCAUGGGGGCCCCUGAGACUACUAAAGCUGUUUUCUGGAGGUCCAGUUGGACAGGGAGGGUCCAGAAAUAACUGGCAAGAAGGGCAGUGCUCUGACCAUGCCAUGCCCUGGCCUGACUUCUAGCCCCAUCUGCAGAGGAGCUGGGUGUUCUGGUGGCCACACCGGGCCCUUUGUGUGCUAGAACUAGCAACAGUUGGCUUCCCCAGCCCCUCCCGGUUCUCUUCCUUAGGCUUUCCGCCAGGAAGUAGGUGAACUGUCCAGUCUCCUGGCCACUGCUUGUUGAUGUCAUGCAUUGCAGGUUUGGGAGAUUUUGUCUCUUUAGCUGGGAAAACUAGCUCUUCAAAGAAGUCCUGAAAAACACACUGGAGAAAAAAAGAUAGAUAUGAAAAGCAAAAACAACAAACCAAAGUGGUAAGGAUUUAGUCCUUGCCCUAACAGUCUCAGAGAGGAUCCUACUUCUGGGAUUUCCUGGGAUAAGAGAGUCCCCUUAAUACUUGCUCUCCAGGCCUAGUUAUUCACAGCCUCUCAAAAAGAUGUUCAUUUGGAGGGUAACCCAAACCCAAAGUCUUUCCUUGCAUUGCCUGGGAUCACAUGUGGCUCAGGUGGACAUGGGUGACUUUGAAGGAGUAUAUUGGCCAGGGCUGGCCCUGGCCUUGGCACUUUGUGACUCUGGUAAAGCCUGUCUGAAAUCCUUGUCUUCUGCUCCUGUGCUCCCCCCGUUACAGUAUCUGCAACCCCUCUCCAGCUUCCAUAUCACCCCCUCCUCCUUGCUUCUCCCAUUGUGGAGGAGAUGGUGGUAGGCCCUGGAUGUGUGAUCUCCCAGGGGUAUGUGCUUUUUAAAAAAAGCUUGAUGAGAACUGUAUUAAUACAGGAGGAAUGAUUAAUGACAGAACUUCAAGCAUCUGGAGGGAGAGGUGGCUAUUUGAGGGCACAUGGAUUCUAUUUGCAUUUAAAAAAAAGAAACUUCAAGCAGUGCUGUUUCUAAGUUAGCCAGCUGCUUAUGUGGGUGUUUUCAGCAUAAGGAGGGGAAAUCUUAAGUCUGGAGGACAGUCUCAUACCUCAAGGGCUGGGGUUUAACCUUCUCUGAUGUCAGGCUCUACUUACAGCGGACCAAGGGGCGUCAUGAGUCCUGGUGCAACCAGCUACUUGUAGGUUGAUGCUGCAGGCGAGUGGCAUUCCCUCCACCUCGUCCCACUGUUAGGAACCCAAGAGCCUCUCCAGUAUACACACGUGUACUUUGUGUAUUUCCUGUAUAUUUAUUGUGUGCACUAAACACGUUCCCCGAGAUGAAACUUCUUCCGAAGUUGAGAUGUUAUUUCAGCAAGAUAUUUAGAGAACACCCAGAAAUUUUAGUAGUUUUGGGAAAAUACCCAGCUCUGGUGGACCUGGAAGGAAAGUCUCUGAAGGAAUGAAGACACGCACGAAUUUGGGGGCUGUGGUUUCCUCGGGCACUGGAGCUCUGCCUGACUCUGGAUCCAAAGCCAAUGGAAUGAGCUUUUUGUUCCACAUGUUCUUCCUCCCUCUCUGAAGAAGGUUCAGGACUUUAUUGUGGUGUGUGUGGUGGGGAGGAGGUUAGGGGCUAGGGUCUGAUGCAUGCUCUUCACACAGCUCCUGAUUUCACAUGGGCCCUGGCGCAACACCUAGAAACUGGACUUCCAUGCUUAUGUGGGGAAGGCCCUUGAUUGUGUGUCAUCUUCCCAGAAAGGGGCCCUCCCCUGAAAGCUAGGGAGCCAUGUGUUCUGCUUUUGGAUUUUUGCCAUUGGUUCCACCUUACGUCUCCCCUCCCAGGAAGCACUGCCCUGCUGGUGGUGCUGCUGAGGCCAUGUUCAUUUCAUCCUCGUGCGUCCUUUCUCAUGGGGACUAGAACACUGGUACGUCAUCAUCAAAAAGCCAAUCUGCUCUAGCUGCCCACAGAUGCCAUCCCAAACCCGCUGUCUCUUUAUUCCCAGGUACGAUUCUCUCUUAAUCAUGUACACAGCAGACUUAUUUUCAAGUCUGUGCCGGUCACAUGGUUGGUGAACCCCUGCCCUGCCCCCCCCAUCCUUCACCCCAAAUUCAUGUGGCCACAACUGCUUGUGAAUGCAGCUUUGCCAGUGCUGUAUCUGCAAUCUGAUCACAGUGAUGAAAUGGAAUUGCAGCCCAAGGUUAGAAGCAGCUGAGACGCCACUUGGAUACUGAUUUGGAUAACAAAGAAGUCAGACUCUGAAUUCCAAAGUUAUUUCUCCUAAGUAGCCAAUGGCAUCUCUCCAUCUAAAAAGUUGCAGUAUUAUGCACAUGAAAGUGACCUCAUUUUCUGCUAUGCAAUAAGAAUAUUUAAUUCUAUUUCAUGACAAACCAGUUGCAAUAUCCCCGAAGAUGCUUUUUUGAGCUGUCUUACUUUGAUAUCUGUUGUGUAAUGUUUGUAUAUUCCUGAGCCAGAUCCUUUCAAAGAUUGCCUUUUUAUAAAAUUGAAGCUAUAGCUUUCAGGCUAAAAUUUUAAUGUAGAUAUUUUUAUAAGAUAAUUUUUUCAGGAUAUUUGAAUUGCUUUUUAUUGUCCAUGAUAAUGAAAUGUUAUGUUCUGUAUGUUCAUUCACUCUCAAAUAUAAUUCAUGCCUGUCGCUUUCUUCCCUUUGUUUUUCACCCUCUCCAAACUGAUUUCCCACUAGUUCCAGGUAGACGAGUCCCUUUGACUUGGACUCUUUUUUCUUACACCAUUUUCAUGGGAGAUUGCAGAAAUAAAAAAUACAAAAACACUUGAAUUGCUUAGGGACUAUCAUUAAGUCUGACUCAGCACUUACCCAUCUAUAUUGCCUGUCCACUUUGAGGGGGGUCUGCUUUCUGCAGGGGUGAGGCUGUCUGGACCCUCUCCUGGUGGCUCUCACUGCCUGGCAAUGAGCCUGGCACGCAGAGUGUGGAGACGCCCAGAGGGGCCCUCCCUCCACUUCGUGCUCCCAGGACUUUCCUGGGUCCAGCAGACCAGUCCUCUAUCCUUCGUCCCCUUGUUCUUCUGCAGCUUCUAACAGCUUAAGGCCUUUGGUGCCAGGGGAUGUCCCUUUGGGGAGCAUCUUUUCUCUCAGCUUCAAAAAAAGGGGUCACUCCUCAUGAGCCCCAUUCAGAAUGUGUUAAGCCUUGCUUUGCAUAAGCUCACACUGUACACUUAAAACUUAUUUGUUUCUUGAGCUGUGUCUCCACUCCAGGCUCUGUUUUGUGUAUCUGCCAUCAGCCUUGUUUUGAAAAAUUCUUUAUUUUUAUUAUUGUUGGGACAGGUGCAUUUUGACUUGCCUCCAUGCUCCCCAUUUGUACCUUGUUGGAUCAAGUUGGGAGGCUGAGCAAACUCCUAUUCCAGCUAGCUAGAGUUUUUAAGGCUCUGUCUGCCUAGAGGAGCAAGGGGGUUGGAAUGUAUUUUUUUAAGUGUUUGCACUAUUUAAGAGUCCUAAGCCCCUCAUGUUCAGCUGUGCUGUGUAUCUACUGACAGAGCAGAAAAGCCGGCAACGCUUCUGACAUUUGGGAAUGGAAGAGGCUUCUUCCAUAGUGGAUAAUCACAACCUUGUAGCCCCGUGUGGCCUUUGUCAUGGGGCUCAGUGACUUGUGGAUACGCAUCAUCCAAGGCAGAAACAUGGGGACGGUGGUGUCUGGAGAAACAAAUUCCCCACGUGUUAUGUUCUUGCCCUUGGAUAGGAGAUUACAAAUUAUCCUCCCUCCCUUUCAGUGGCAAUAAAGGACGUUUGUUGGACUUCUUGUUUAAUUUGUGUAUGAUGUGUAAAAUACUUUCUUUGGAAGAAAACUCAAGACACUGAAUGUGCACGUCUGUGUGGGUGCGUGUCCAUGUGGUUGUCCGUAGGCAGACAGACUUGAUCACUGACAACCUGAGCAACACAUUGCGUCGGUGAGGGCCUUCAUGUCAUGUUUUCUGCUUGGAUGCCAGAGACUGGCUGACUUGUAAAAUAACACUAGUCACAUGCUCCGAUCAGUUACAGUGCUGGCUGAAGAAACACUUCUUCAAAUGUAUUAUUAUAACAGGAAUCGUGUUUCCAUACUUUGUUACUUUAAUUUUAAUAAAAGCUCAACGU